AUGGGCAACUGUUGCUCAGGUGGCACCAAUGAUUCUGAAAACAAGGGAGAAACCAACCAACAGAACGACAACCAAGGGGGAACGGCAACCACCCCACCACAAUCUAAGCCUAAUCAUCCUCCCACCAAACACUCCAAGCCUGCCCCCAUUGGGCCUGUUCUUGGAAGGCCAAUGGAGGAUGUUAGAAGUACUUACAGCAUGGGGAAAGAGCUGGGGAGAGGCCAGUUUGGUGUCACACAUUUGUGCACACACAAGAGCACAGGAAAGCAAUAUGCCUGCAAAACCAUUGCCAAGAGAAAGCUCGUUAAUAAGGAGGACAUUGAGGAUGUUAAGAGGGAGGUCCAGAUCAUGCACCAUCUCUCAGGGCAGCCCAACAUUGUGGAGCUUGUCAGUGUUUUUGAAGACAAGCAAUCUGUUCAUUUGGUUAUGGAGUUGUGUGCUGGGGGUGAGCUUUUUGAUCGCAUCAUUGCAAAGGGACAUUACACUGAACGUGCAGCAGCUUCCCUCUUGAGAACCAUCGUCCAGAUUGUCCACACCUGCCAUUCCAUGGGAGUCAUUCACAGAGAUCUUAAGCCUGAAAAUUUCCUUCUCGCCAGCAAGGAGGAAAAUGCACCUCUCAAGGCAACCGAUUUCGGUCUCUCAGUUUUUUACAAGCAAGGAGAGCUGUUUAAGGACAUUGUUGGAAGCGCAUAUUACAUUGCACCAGAGGUCUUGAAGAGGAAAUAUGGUCCAGAAGUUGACAUUUGGAGUAUUGGUGUCAUGCUAUACAUUCUUCUAUCUGGUGUUCCACCAUUUUGGGCAGAAUCCGAAAAUGGAAUAUUCAAGGCAAUUCUGCGAGGUCAUAUAGACUUUACAAGCGAUCCAUGGCCAUCCAUUUCGCCUGCAGCAAAAGAUCUCGUAAGGAAAAUGUUGAAUUCGGACCCCAGACAGAGGCUGACAGCGUACGAAGUUCUGAAUCACCCAUGGAUCAAGGAGGAUGGAGAAGCACCAGAUAAACCUCUUGACAACGCAGUACUGAAUAGGCUCAAGCAGUUCAGAGCAAUGAACGAAUUCAAGAAAGUUGCUCUAAGGGUCAUCGCGGGCUGCCUGUCAGAGGAAGAAAUCAUGGGAUUGAAGCAGAUGUUCAAGGGUAUGGACACUGACAACAGCGGCACCAUUACAAUUGAAGAGCUCAAACAAGGGCUUGCAAAACAAGGGACCAAGCUAACAGAACAAGAAGUCAAGCAAUUAAUGGAAGCUGCAGAUGCCGAUGGCAAUGGAACCAUUGAUUACGAUGAAUUCAUCACAGCAACAAUGCACAUGAACCGCAUGAACAAAGAAGAUCAUCUUUAUACUGCCUUCCAAUACUUUGACAAAGAUAACAGCGGGUAUAUUACCAUUGAAGAACUAGAACAGGCUCUUAUUGAGUUCAACAUGCACGAUGGUAGGGACAUCAGGGAUAUCAUUUCAGAAGUUGAUGCAGAUAAUGAUGGCCGGAUUAACUACGAUGAAUUUGCUGCAAUGAUGAACAAAGGAAACAUAGAAGUUAAUACCAAGAAGAGGCGUGAUUCAACCUUAUAUUAGUUGGGUAUUACACAAAUAUUUGAAAGGCAUCAUGGCCUCUUUAGGUCCUGUGUCAUUGGUUGGUGCAGAUGCUAAUAAGCGAGUGAAAUAUCAAGGAGCGUUGGGGUGCAUGGUCGCUGUUUGGUUGGGACUGAGGAUUUAAGGUGGGGAAUGGGUUAAGGUGGUAAACAAACAAAAUUAGAGGGGGAAAAGAACAUGAAUCAACCAUUGAGAAAUGCAAACACACACACACACAUAUGAGAGGGGUUGCUUCUCUUGUAUUGCUUCUCACUUAGGAAUCAAAUCAAAAAGGAUUUUAAAUUAUGUAUAGAUUCCUUUUCAACACUAGGUUCAAAUGCAUUCAUUGUUAAGAUUCUACAUUUUAAUACCCUUUCAAUCAAACCGAAAGAAUCGGUAUAAGGUUUCCACUCUUGAAAUUUAUGCCGAAGUCAGCUAUAUUUUCAGGUUCAGAUUUAAUAUCAAAGAAACUAACAGUAAUCUAUCAUAAAACACCCAUAAUUUCGAAGACAAGACUCUUUUAAAAUAAAUCAGAGAUAAAUAUGACACAAGAGAAAACAAGGUAGUAACAAUCACCAUAUUGAAUCCAAGGUUUGAAAAUUUUCAUUUGGUUAACUGGUCCAAUCAAAACCCAUCUGUUUCCGAUAAUUGCUACAAAACUCAGCACAAAACAAAAAGAGUCUCCUCUAGGAACAAAAAUGGCUUCAACCAAAAUUAGCAAUCAGAUUGAAGAGGUUGUUUAAAAAUUUUUGGCAAACAUAUAAUGUGCAGAAUCAAGGAUUUAGAAAACAGGUACAUGAAAGCUCCUCAGAAGCCGACUUCAAACCAAAUGAAUUCAGAAUGGGGAAAAUAGAAGGAAGCCCUCAAGGAACUUCGCAUAGUUGACUUGCAAAAACAAAUUUCAUUUAAUUCAAUACACAGAUGGCAAGCACAACAUAGAAAAAAAAAUCCUAAAUUUACCAAAGAGAAAAGGAAAGGCCUUCAAAAAGCUGGAAGAAACAAUGUUCGAGUUCCCCCGCUUCAAACUUUCAAAAGUACAAAAGAAAUAAACCUUUCAUGCCCUCUUCC